UAUGUCUGGAUCUAAAAAAUCUCACAAAAAGGAUGAUAAUCCUGAUGAUGAUUCAAGUAUUCUAAGCCCAAAAUUCUCGUGGGCCGAAGUCCAAAAAAUGUUAAAAAAUAUGCAAGGCGAAAAAAAGAUUAGUAAUCAGAGUGAAAAAGACUCUAGAAAGAAUAGCAAACAAGUGAAUUAUUCUCAAAGUCGUUCUAGAAAUAUUUCCUUAGAUCGUUCCCAAAUUACUUCCAAAGAGGUUGUUCCCGAAGUACUUCCUGAGAUCAUUGCCAAAUUACUGCCAGAGAUUGUUUCCAAAGUACUUCUAGAGGUCGUUCCCAAAUUACUGCCAGAGGUUGUUUCCGAAGUACUUCCAGAGGUCAUUCCUGAA